CUAGCAGCAGAAAAGAUGACGAACCUACACACCACACCGACCAAGCUCCAAACCACACCGACAGACAGCCUGGAUCACUACCUGAUAAAUCAGUCAGCAGGACUCACAAGUCCGAGACCGAGAGAGGACCAGCUACACUCCAAGCGCAACCGGCGAGCCUCCAGAGCCGGCAUCGGCUGAGCAACGACUGCUACAACGAGCAGAGGCACGGGAGAAUGAUAAUCUGUGACCCCGAGCAUGAUACCCACCUUACCGGACUAAGGACUACUCUGCAUAAGAAUAAUGGUAACGGGCGACAGCCUGUAGAUAACAUUUUAUUUUGUCAGCCCCCAUCCUGGGGAACAGAGCGGGACUUAAUUGGUCUACUCACUGCUGGCAAUUGA